CACAGCAGAGAGGGCAGAGGCAGGCGGCCCUCUGCUGGAGGGGGGCUUAAUAUAAAAACAGAUUAUAUACACACAUGUGGGAGCUGUUUGGCCGCAACAUAGGUCAAACGUGAUAACAUUUAUUUUUAAAAAAGAGCAUACCACCGCGGGUUUACAUUUCAAAAUGCCUAUUUUGGUGUUUCUGUUAGACACGUCCGCCUCUAUGAAUCAGCGCACUUAUUUGGGUACGACGUAUCUGGACGUUGCUAAAGGCGCGGUUGAGGUCUUUAUGAAGCUGCGCGCCCGAGACCCAGCUAGUAGAGGCGACAGGUACAUGCUAGUUACAUUUGAUGAGCCACCAUACGGAGUGAAGGCGGGCUGGAAGGAGAACCACGCCACCUUCAUGUGCGAGCUGAAGAACCUGCAGGCGUCUGGGCUGACGACGUUAGGCCACGCUCUCCGCACGGCCUUCGACCUGCUUAACCUCAACCGCCUCGUCUCGGGAAUUGACAACUACGGUCAGGGACGCAACCCUUUCUUCCUGGAGCCGUCUGUGAUCGUCACCAUCACCGAUGGGAACAAGCUCACACAUAGCUCGGGGGUGCCCGAUGAGCUGCACCUGCCUCUCCACUCCCCCCUGGCGGGCAGCGAGCUGACCAAGGAGCCGUUCCGCUGGGACCAGCGUCUGUUUGCGUUGGUGCUGAGGCUGCCGGGAGCCACCGCCCCUGACAACGAGCAGCUCGGCAGCGUCCCCACCGACGAGUCGGCCAUCACCCAGAUGUGUGAAGUCACCGGAGGUCGCUCGUACUGCGUGCGAACGCAGAGGAUGUUGAACCAGUGUCUGGAGUCUCUGGUCCAAAAAGUUCAAAGUGGAGUCGUCAUCAACUUCGAGAAGACUGGUCCAGAUCCGCCUCUCACCGGGGAGGACAGCUCUGCAGAGCCCAGCCGCCCCCCGUCCUCCUUCAGCCCACAGCCGUGGCACAGCUGCCACAAACUGAUAUACGUGCGGCCCAACCCCAAGACGGGGGUGCCGGUGGGCCACUGGCCCAUCCCAGAGUCCUUCUGGCCCGACCAGAACUCUCCAACCCUGCCUCCUCGCUCCGCUCAUCCCGUGGUGCGUUUCUCCUGCGUGGACUGCGAGCCCAUGGUGAUCGACAAGCUUCCCUUCGACAAGUACGAGCUGGAGCCGUCCCCGCUCACCCAGUACAUCCUGGAGAGGAAGUCUCCACACAUGUGCUGGCAGGUGUUUGUGAGCAGCAGCGGGAAGAUAAACGAUCUGGGCCAGCCGUUCGGCUACCUGAAGGCCAGCACCACCCUCACCUGUGUCAAUCUGUUUGUCAUGCCCAACAACUACCCGGUCCUCCUCCCGCUCCUCGAUGAUUUAUUUAAAGUGCACAAACUAAAGCCAAACAUCAAGUGGCGACAGUCCUUUGAGAUGUACCUGAAGACGAUGCCGCCGUAUUACCUCCUGCCGCUCAAGAAAGCCCUGAGGAUGAUGGGAGCUCCUAACCUGAUCGCAGACACCAUAGACUGCGGCUUGAGCUACAGCGUCAUCUCCUACCUGAAGAAGCUCAGCCAGCAGGCAAAAGUGGAGUCGGAGCGUCUAAUUGUGUCCGUGGGGAAAAAGGCUCCUCAAGAAACGGGCAUCAAGGUGAUUAACCACACCAGCGCGCUGUCUCUGGCCCACCGGCGGGACUUCAAGCAGCUGCUGCAGGGAAUCACCGGCGAGGGCCCGCUCCGCCUCAACGACAUCAACUUCAAGGAGUUUGCCGGCUUCCAGAUCGCCCUGCUCAACAAGGAUGUGAAGCCUCAAGCCUACCGGAACGCCUACGACAUCCCGAGACGGAACCUCCUGGACCAGCUCAGCCGGAUGCGCCUGAACCUGCUGCGGACGUCUCUGAAACUGAUCCGGGGGCAAGACGAAGAUUCCCUGCACAGUGUUCCCGUGGCUCAGAUGGGAAACUAUCAGGAAUACCUGAAGAUGAUGCCGUCGCCCUUGAGAGAGAUCGACCCUGACCAGCCCAAACGGCUGCACACCUUUGGGAAUCCCUUCAAACAGGAUAAAAAGGGGAUGAUGAUCGACGAGGCGGACGAGUUUGUCACAGGCCCCCAAAACAAGAAGAGAGGAAACACCAGCGAUUCCGGUCUGAAUGCCACCAUGAAGAGAAGACGGAGCAUGUCGCCGCUGUUGCGGCGGCCGCAGUCGCCGCAGUCGCCAUCGGGGAACAACAACCAUGUGAUAGCUGGAAAGAGUCCAGCAGGGGGGCCGGGCCAGCAGAACCCGCUCAAAACCAGCCCACCGCUCAAAGGAGGUGAUGCUGUCAGCACGGUGGUCUCUGAGAGCAACGGUGACAGCCUUUCCGGGCACGACUCUGGAGAGCUGUGGGCUCCUGAGGUGGAGGCCGAGGAAGGCAGCCCGUCCUCUGACGUGACCGUAGAGGAGAACGCUGUAGCCGAGGUUCAGGAUGACGACGCCAGCGCCGCGGAGGACGGGAUACCAGAUCAUCUAGAAGAGCAGCCGGUAGAGACGAACAACAACUGUGAAGGUCUGAGUCCACGGAGCGACGAGGAGGACACGGAAGCCGAAGCCGAUGCCGAAGUCGAAGCCGACGCUGAAGCCGACGCUGCAGAGCCGGAGGACACAACCAUCGCCCCACUAGACGGCAGUCAAGCUGAGCUGCGCAGCCGCGUCAUCAAGGAGGUCCGCAAACCGGGACGAAACUAUAGGGCAAUAAUGAGUCUCUUGCAUCAGGUCAGGGGACCUGUGAAUGUGCAGAAGUAUUUCAUCCAGCACACCAUCAAAGAAGCUGCCAGGUUUAAGAAGCGAGUAUUGAUCCAGCAGCUGGAGACCGCCCUCGCCAACCUGGAGGAGACGCCAGCCCCGGGCUCGCCGCUCCUCAACCACCACGACAGGUAGUCCCGGGGAGGAACGGCCCCUCUCCCUCCGGACCGGGCUCAGAAACACACACCAAAGAGCUGGAGCAGGAGACGCACGAGUGCACUGAUGGGAGAAGCUCGUCGUGACCCCGUGCCGUUACAUCACACCGUGUUGGAGGCAGAGGGUUUAGCGGGGGGGGGGGGGGGGGGCUUCAGGACAGAGCCAUUUGGAAUGAGUAAAGAGACUUUAAAAAUAAUCCUCUUCAUAUUGACAGAGGCCUUUAAUAUCCAUAUGGGUUUUUCUGUAUGGACACACACACACACACACACACACACACACACACACACACACACACACACACACACACACACACACACACACACACACACACACACACACACUCCAACAGAUAAAUGCACAAUAAGCUGGCAGAUGAGCAGGAGCGAGGGAUAAACUGGCUUGUUCCCACUAUUAUUGUUUUUUAAAAUUGACCUUUAUUCAGCUGGCCUGAAAAGUGUUUGACUGAAAAGAAAAAGAAGUAACACGUUGUACAAUUCUGUAAAUUUAUGGCUGGAAUGCACUGAUUUUAUUUUAUUUUUUCUAGUUUCCUCCACAUCGACAGUGUUAUCUAAUCUAUGUUUGAAGGGUGACAGACAUCGGCAUCAGGGGCGUGCAAUAGGUUUGAAGGAAAUAAAAACAAGUCGUGUUUUUGUUGGAGUAGCAAUACAUGACGUUGAUUUUUCAGGAAUUCGGAGAAGAAACCAUCGAAAUAUGAAGUGUCAAGUUAGGAAUUUGUAUUUCUAACUAAUCUGACCUUUUAAAGUAUACAAAGUAAACAAAUUUAUACAAAAUACAAACUCUGCCCAACACCAUUUAGCAUCUUUUCAUCCAGAAAAAGUUCAAACCUCUCAUAUGCCAAACUUGUAAUAAUCCCAAAUGUCUGCCUGGUAACUCGUCAGAUAACUGGCCAACCUGCAGGUGCAUCAGUGCUAGUAUUGAUGAUGCUGGAACUGCAAUCAAACCAGCGAUGUUCAGUGGUUUAAAGACCUACGAUCACCUCUGGUUCCAUCUCUGACUGCAGGAAACUCUCUCUCAUGUUUAACGUAGCUCCUAAAGGAACCAGACACUCCAGCGACCCGCGUCGCCAAAGAUUUCCUCAAAGCCGGUGUUUCAUCUGUCCAGGUUCAGCUGUUCUGUCCUCUUCUGUUCUUGUUUUUACAACAGUUGUACACUACUUUUUAAUGUUCAUACGCAAUAUAGAUUAUUUUUGUGAAUUUGUCUAUCUGAGAGUAUACGAAUAUUUUCAAAAUGUCUAAAGAUUUUUUGUUAACUUGGUAAACACAUAUACGAAGUUGAAGGUUUUA